AUGAGUAGUUUACCAAUAUCAAAUAAACAUUUCGAAAUGUCAAAUGGAUUUAAUUCAUUUAAUGGAGUCGAUGAUCUGACUGAAACGUUGUCAAUUCUGAUUCAAAAUAACUUAUCUCUAAAUACUGAAUGGCAUAUAUAUGCUUCGUUCUAUGACGGAAACCGUUUACCUAAUAUGGAUUUAUACAAUUCACAAGAUAUCGACGAUGACUAUGUGGAAUUAACACAAUUAAUAAAUAAUGAGAAUCAAAUUCGUCUACGAUGUGAUGCAAAAAGUCAAGAUUCAAUUGAAAGUUUAAUUCUGCUUAGCUGCCCGUUGAGUAAAACUGGAGUAUGCAGAGAAAACUGUAUAAAUCCAUGUCCAGUGAAUGAAUCAUCUGCAAUCUGCAAUGAAGCAGUGACACUUGCCAUUCCUAAAUGCAUUUAUCGAUCUAUGUCAAACAAUCAUAUUCAAAUAGAAUAUGUGAUACAGUUGGAUGCUAUCAAUGAGAAAGGAAUGUGGUGGUGUACAUUUCGUGGGAAACGUUCUAAUUCUGUUGAAUUGGACUCACACACUCCUGAAGAAAGAAAACCGGUGGCUACAAGCAGUGGAAAUAUCUAUUCGAAUAAUCUGGAAAUAAAUAACAAAUAUGAAAAUACAAUGGAUGGCAUCACUUACUUUGAUAUCUCACCCAACUUAAUACAACUAAUCAUUGGACUCGUUGGUGUUUCGGUUGCAUUCAAUAUUUUCUUUUUCAUUCGAUGUUAUGCUGUGAACAACUAUUUGAAGAAUCUCUAUAUUGGUCAUCCAAGAAAUAAUUGUCUAGAUCAGUUUUUGUGUAUUGACCAACCGAGGAAACCAAAGCCAACAAAACAGAAAACAAGACUCAAUUAUCUUCAAACUAUGAGUCCACCGGAAACACCUAAACUCCCAGCGGUUAAACAAUCGCCCAUAACUGCAAAAACUAAUAACGGUAAUACACAACAGUAUGCAUCACACGAUGUCCUGCCUAUGAUGAACAUGCUACACAAUAAACCUUCACCUUUAGUUUAUCAUACAUCAAAAUCUAUCCCACCAUCACCUGUUAUAUAUCCUUCAUCACAAACACAGUAUGCAAAAGAUCCGUACACACAACAUCAAUAUUAUCCUAAGAAUCCAUUUCAUACACCAACUGUUAACCAUAAAGCACCAUCAUUGGAAUUUAUCUAUGAUGAAGUUCAUAAUUCGGUGUAUACAACUUUGAAUAGUCAAACAAAUGACCAAGAGAAAAUUAAGCAAAAUACGAAACAGAAUGACAACUCAGUUGGGACAGUUUUUAAUGGGAGUCAUUGGCUUGUGGAUCCCUCCGGUCAAAUCUACGUUCCAUAUGCACAAAUUACACCGAAACCUCGAAGAGUCUUAUUAAGCAAUGUUGAAUAUUCCACACUGAGGAAAAGUGAUGUGAUAACAAACCCUUUACUAUUGAAUCCUACAUUUGAAACAUUGAAAGAAAGAAAUCAUACCUUUGGCCAUCAAACUAUUUCAGAUACUCGUCACUUGCCUUUAAUUCCGAUACAAACGCAAAAUGUUAAUUAUCAUAUUAAUGGCAACAUGUCACCUUUUCCUAAUUUCCCUUCUGUUCAAAGUAAUGCGGUUUCUAUUGGUCAACAUAAUCGUAUUCAAAAGACACCAGUGGAAAUUUCUGAAUUGCGUGAUGACAAUAACAAUACUGAAGAAAAUACUAAUGAACAGUCAACUACUAGUCAGUCAGUGAUGAAGAGUGUACAGUUGUCCAACAGACAAAGUAUUUUUGACAAUUUUGAACCACAAGAUGAUCAUCAGCUCGGGAAUAAACUAACCAAUCAUAAUUAUCAAAGUGGCAUACAAAAUUCCGACCAAGAAAUAAAUAAUACUUUAGAUUCAACUAUGCCAAAAUAUUCAAUUAAACUACUUGCGCGUAAAACAAGUCAACCGAAAAUAGACAAUACAUUGAAUAACCACAACGGGGGUACAGCUGAGAAUUGUACCUUGUCUGGAACUCAUAAGAUAGCUGAUCUAGAAGACUGGGCUAUGAUUGAUCAAGAUUAGUCUAAAAAAAUCAAGUUUAUUGAAGAGUGUAACUUGUGCUGCUGUUCUGUUUUUCUCUUCUUUCCUUACUUAGAAAUUACUCAAAACUGUGUCUUACAGCUUACAACAAAAUUGUAUUACUGAAUUAUUAAAU